AUGAAGAGUGACAGCAAAUUGAUUGUGUUACAGCCACGAAUCGAUGAAGAUGGACUUCUACGGUGUAAUGGAAGAUUGAGGUAUGCUGACUUCCUGCCAUACGAUGCAAAAUAUCCUAUUAUUCUACCAAGGAAGAACUGGGUUACAAAGCUGAUCGUGAAAUUCUAUCAUGAAAAGGAUCAUCAUGCAGGUGGCACAAAUCAGACAUUGGCAGCUAUUUCGAGUCGUUUUUGGAUAAUUUCAGCAAGAGAAGAGAUAAGAGAAUGGGAAAACGAAUGCAACUGGUGCAAAAGACGAAAGGCGAGAGCAUGCAGUCAGAUCAUGGCACCCCUACCAAGCAUUAGAUUGGCAAUGUCAUUGCGAGCCUUUGAAAGAGUAGCUGUAGAUUAUGGAGGACCAUUCAUCACCAUGCAAGGGAGAGGUAAGCGAAGAGAAAAACGAUAUCUUUGUCUUUUCACAUGCCUAGCUACCAGAGCAGUACACUUGGAAAUGGCAUUUGCCCUGGAUACUGAUUCAUUCUUGAAUGCCUUUUAUCGAAUGGUGAGUCGUCGUGGGAAGCCUGAAGAAGUUGUUUCUGACAAUGGUGGCAAUUUCGUAGCAGCUGACAAGGAGCUACAGGAGCUCGUUAAAAGAUUGGACCAGAAUCGAAUCAUCCAGAGUGCUGCAAAUCGUGGUAUCAAAUGGCAUUUCAAUCCUCCUUUGUCACCACAUUUUGGAGGAGCUCAUGAAAUUAUGAUCAAGGCAGCAAAACGUGCGUUGAAAGGAAUCCUGACAGAUGCAAAUGUGUCCGAUGAAGAGUUGAUGACUGCCAUCACAGGAGCAGAAUCGUUGCUGAAUUCAAGACCGCUGACAUACCAGACAGCAAAUGUGGAUGAUGAUGUGCCUUUGACCCCGAAUCACUUUCUCCAUGGCCAAAUGGGAGGCAGAUUUGCACCAGAAACGGAAGACCAGACAACGUUCAGUCCAAGGAAACGAUGGCGACGUGUUCAAGAACUGGUGAAGCACUUCUGGCAACGUUGGUUGAAAGAAUGGCUACCAGGACUAAAUCCAACGACAAAAUGGCACAAAGAGAAGAAAAAUUUGAAGGUAGGGGAUAUUGUUAUUGUUAUAUCGCCUGAUAGCCCCAGAGCUCAUUGGCCCCUUGCAAAAGUCACCCAAGUAUUUCCUGGAAAAGAUGGAAAAGUGAGAGUGGCACAAGUACAACUGGGAAAAAAGCUAUUGCAGAGACCAGUGACAAAAUUAUGCCUUUUGGAGCAUUGUUGA